ACUGUACAGACAUGAACCGAGCUCAGCGAGCAAUAACCAAAUCAAUGAUUUGUAUUCUUCGCGAUUAACACUUGAUUUUUCUUUAUCGCUCAAAGGUGCAACACUUUUCCGUCCCAACCGUCCCGUCUCCGUUCGUUCAGAAAUCGUUCAAUCGUUUGCGCUGGAUCUGUCGUGCCAGAAGAUGUGUGUGGAAAGCGAUGGAUGUGAAAUCGAGGGGUGCAGCAGUUCGGAUGAGGUGCACACGCUGUCUGGAAGCAUGAGUCCGGCUCUUAAAUCCAGUCCAGACCUGCAUCCCUGCAAACCUGGGCAGAAAUUCCGUGCCGCAUUACUCCGAUGCCGGUCUCCGCUCGUUGCCGCCGGGAUUCUGAGUUUUGGAAAUGUGCUCAAUUACAUGGACAGAUACACCGUAGCAGGUGUCCUCCUUGACAUACAGAAACACUUCAACGUUGGUGACAGCGGAGCAGGCUUGUUGCAAACAGUUUUCAUCUGCAGUUUCAUGAUAGCCGCACCCAUUUUUGGUUACCUGGGGGACCGAUUCAACAGAAAGAUCAUUCUGAGCAGUGGAAUCUUCUUCUGGUCCAUUGUGACGCUGCUAAGCUCCUUUAUUACCAAAGAUUAUUAUUGGUUGUUAGUGCUGUCCAGAUGCUUGGUGGGUAUUGGAGAAUCAAGCUACUCUUCCAUCUCUCCAACCAUCAUUGGAGACCUGUUCACAAACAACAAAAGGACUGUGAUGCUCUCUGUCUUCUACUUGGCCAUCCCACUUGGAAGCGGUCUGGGCUACAUCCUGGGAUCCAUUGCUAAAGACGCUGGAGGGCACUGGUACUGGGCUCUGAGGGUUUCUCCGAUGUUUGGGUUGACUGCUGGGAUCCUCAUUCUCAUCUUUGUCCCUGAGCCAAAGAGAGGGAGUGCUGACCAUAUCGCUGAAUGUAUAAAGACACGCACUUCCUGGCUCUGUGACAUGAAAACUCUUGCCAAAAACCGCAGUUAUGUAUUUUCAUCUCUGGCAUCGGCGGCCGUGUCAUUUGCCACGGGGGCGUUUGGGAUCUGGAUCCCGCAGUACCUGGUCAGAGCUCAGGUGGUGCAGAAGACAGCAGUGAGCUGCACCUAUCAACCAUGCAGCAGCAAAGACAGUUUGAUAUUCGGAGCCAUCACCUGUGUGACGGGGCUGUUGGGAGUGGUGAUCGGUGCCGUGACCACACGGCUCUGCAGACAGAAGACGGAGCGUGCCGACCCACUGGUGUGUGCGGUCAGCAUGCUGGGCUCUGCUAUCUUCAUCUGCCUCAUCUUUGUUGUGGCCAAGAAGAGCAUUGUGGGAGCAUAUAUCUGCAUUUUCAUCGGAGAGACGCUGCUCUUUUUGAACUGGGCCAUUACGGCGGACAUUUUAAUGUAUGUUGUCAUACCGACCAGAAGAGCCACUGCUGUUGCCUUCCAGGGCUUCACCUCGCAUUUACUAGGGGAUGCUGGGAGCCCGUACCUCAUUGGCUUGAUAUCAGACGCGCUGCAGGAGAGCUACACUACAUCAGCGUUAUGGCAGUUCCUGAGCUUGGGCUAUGCCCUCAUGCUCUGCCCCUUUGUCAUCGUUUUGGGGGGGAUAUUCUUCCUGGCCACCGCCCUUUUCUUCCUCGACGAUCGUGACAAAGCGGAGAAACAAGUAAACCAGCUUUCCCGGCCGCCGUCCACAGUUAAGGUUACCAAAUGAGAUGGGGCUGCUGCAAUGGAGGGGGUGGGGGGGGGGACAAAACAGAAGGAAUAAAACUAGCAACUAACUCACUAUACGCACACUCUCGGAUCACCGCUAUCAUAUCAUCUCUGCUUUUUCGUUUCAUCCUGUGAAGGCCGUUCUGAAUUCGAGUCGCACCUUGCUUGCCCUAGGAAACCUUCAACUGGCAAGAGGUCAGCCAAUCAGCAGCUGGUGUGCAGCUAUUAAUGAUGUAUAUAAAGAGCCACGUGGGCUCCAAUGGGUGUUUGGAAGAGGGUGCACUAGAGCGCUCCGUGCCAUACUACUGAACACAGCACGGACACACGCUCCCGUCCGGUCACGCUGCCUGUCGAUCUGCACCAAGUGCCAUAGCAUCACAUUCCUAAUGGGGACCAGUACCAAUGAUGCUCACAGCCAAUAAGGGGCUCGCCAAUACGCCAAAAUCCUAUAAAUACAGAACUGAAGGAAUCACUCACAUCACAUCAAAUACCCAACAAAAACAAACUACACGGUGAGCCCUGCCUUAAGAAAUCUGGCAGAGGCACAGGUCUGGUCCCUGGUCACUUUUCUUUCAUAAAGAUCCUUUUCUUUGCUUAUUAUUAAAUGUAUUUUUCCAUUCUUUUUCUUAGCACUUACCAUUUUAAUGCAGUGCCAGUGAAAUCAUGCAGUCAUGCAUGACACCUGAGACCAUUGAAAUCGAUCAUUAUCUUUUCUCUUCUUGCUCUCUGACUGGGUGUUUUUACAAAUGAAACUGGAGGGACUUCAUAAACUAUAGCUGAAAGGGACACUGGAUUGUAAAUAUUAUCUUUUUAUAAUGAAGAAACAACAUGUAAAUGUUUUCAUACUGAACUUUACUGAACAGUCUGCCAGGAUGAAUCCCGUAGUAUGUCCAAGAGGACAGCAGAAAUACUAAAAAACGUUAACAAGUGAACAAAGCCAAGGUUAUCGUCACUUGUUUUGUGUUUUCCAGCGAGGAACUCCUUCCGCAGUGCCGGGUUACCCACCCAGACAGGCAAACCUUCAUUUUAACUGCGGAUAAGAUUCACAGGCUCAGUCUAUAAGAAUGAAAGUCUUUGUAUGUUGGCUUACCUUGCUCAUUUGGUUUUACAUAUCCCUUUACUGGAAAAGAAGAGACAGAAAGGAUGAUAUGUAUCGCAGCCAAGUUAAUUACCUACACUGCAAUCCAUCCGUUUUCAAAAAGGGAAUUUUAAGCUAAGUCUGGAUUGUUUUGUGUGUGCAUUCUGUGAAUUUUGUGGAGGUUUUUUUAUGAGCAGAAAACAGAUAUUUGAAUAUGUUGCAUACACUAAGAAAAGCACUUUGCCUUUCACUGAAUAGUCAUGGAUGUGAAGAGAAAGUUGGAGGGUAAAACUGCAGAAAAUAUCCUUUUUCACUCUUAUUGGCCUGUGUGGUUUCGCUUCAGAUUAUAGUUUGUAAUAUAUGCAAUUUAAAAGAAGAUUUCAUUAACAAACGUGAAAGCUUUGACAGUGGCAAUAAUUUGUAUCUUCAUGUUUAGCAAGAUUUUCUCAGAGCACACACACUUACCACUGUCACUUUUUUGCAACCUGGCAUUACCAAAUCUGUCUGCGUCUGAAGCCGUUCAAAUGUAAAUCUGGUCUCAAAGAGAAGGCUUUUUCUCCAUCUUGAAAAUAGCACCUUGCCUAUAGAUUGAUGUGGAAAAAAGCCGAUCUGUGUUUUGAAGGUCUGACUUAACGUAUCAUGUGAAAUUACUGUCCCUAUUUGCCAGUCAUAUCCUUUUAGCAUUUUAUCAUGCCAGGUGAAAAGCCUUUGAAUGUGAUUCUGUCCAAUCCAAUGUGUUUGCCAAUUUAUCCUAAUGAAGCUUUUGUAUUAUUAUUAUUCUUUUACAGAUGUCGUUUUCUUUCUUUUUACA